GCUUCGGCAAUGUGUUAAUAUUGUUGAACGUAUUCAUUUUUUCGAUUGUAUUAUCUGCAAAUAUAUAUGUGACACAAAUGGUUUAAUACGAAAAACCGAGUAUUAUAAAGUAAAAGCUGCCUUUGUGUUGUAUGUUUAUAUCAUUCACAUAAGAGUUACACUAGAAGUGUGAUGAUGGAGGAUAAUUCGGAGGCCCAGAUGGAGACUGACGUGUCGUCGACUACCACUGAUGUCACAGACAUGCAAGAAAUAUCUGGCUCUAAUGAUGUAGUAGAAACUAUUAUAGUUAUAGAGAAAAUACAAGACGAAGAUUCUCCAGAUUCAUUGCAGCAGUCAGCAGAUAUAGAAAACAUUGAGACGAAUGACUGUGUUCAGUCGACUCAAUCCUGUGAAGGUACUUCUAAAAUACAGACUGACUCAUUGCAAACAUCAAUCACAAACUCUCCCCAGAGAGAUAAGCAAAAAGAGGAAGACCCAGCACCCAAGGUUAUGUCACCAUCAAUUGUUGAGAAGAGUCCAACAAAGUCAACGUCACCAUCACCAAUGUCUUGCAUGGAUAACAGCCCAACUAAAUCAACAUCACCACCAGUAUGUGAGGGUAAAAGUUCAAUUACCUCAAUAAAAUCACCAUCACCUCUGUCUUGUGUACAAAAGAGUCCAAAUAAGUCAACAAAAUCACCAUCACCUGUAUGUGAAAUGUCUCCUGUAAAAACUAUAUCUUCAUCAAUGCCAACACCAAUAGAAGUAGCAGAUUCAUCCUGUGAUGUAAAAAAUAAUGAAGAAGAUAAAAUCCAAGAGAGCCAAGAAAAAAUAAUCCAAGUAGAGAACAGUAAAACUAUUUCUGAUCAUCAAUAUGCAGCUAAGGAACAGCCUGAGGAGGAAGAACAGGUGAACCAACCUGAUCAAAAGGCAGAAGAAGAGAAAAAAGUUAUUGAGCCAGAAAUUGUUGAAUCACAGAACCAAGAGGGUAAUGUAGUUGAUAAUAAGUCAAUUGUUAAGGAUGUAGAUACCAAAAUUGAUGAAUCUACGAUAUCCUCAAUAACUUCAGAAAAAGAAACUUCAAUUGAAUCCCAAAAUGAAGCAAGUUCUGAUAUAUCUGAAAAAGAACAUAAUAAAAGUAUUAGCAGGGAACUGAAGUCUCUUAUUAAAUCGGCCAAAGAGUCAAAAAUUAUAAGUGAAUGUACACAACUAACUAGUAAGACAAGAAAAUCAAGAACUCCCUUAGAUGCAAGCUUGACUUCUCUGGUAGAAGUGGAUAAGGUACAAGGUACCAGACGUAGUAGUACCAACUCGCAACUGAGCACAUGCAGUGAGAAAUCUGAAAAGGCAAACAUUAAGAGAUCGAUGCGGUCGCAAAAUCCCGAAUUCGUUCAUAAGGUAAAGCAAUUUUUAAAUUCAGUGACAGGUAAAAGUGGUAAAAAUGAGAAUGACAAUGUCAUAUCUGAUGAGGAGAGUGAAGAUAGUAAAAAUGACAACAAAACCUCUCCCAGUACAAAAACGAAAAUAACAACAGUCAAUCAAGAUCAACAGGAUGGCAAACUUCGUUCAGAUUUAUUCUGCUGGCGUUGUCACUGGCAAGUUGAGCAAGGUGUUAAUGAAAGGACACACCAUCCAAUGCAGUGCACCAUCUGCCCACGUUCAUUUCAUUACAAAUGCCUGUCUGGUACAGAGCGUAACAAAAUAACAAAUGAUAAAAGUUGGGUAUGUCCCGAGUGCCUCUCUGUAUUGACUGCAGAAAGUUCUGACACCAGAUCGCCAGCUAUGAAAAAAAUAUCAUUGGGUAUGCUGUGUGAUCUACUUAAAUUUGCAUUGGAACGCCUCAUGGAUUUUAAUGGGGCGGAACCGUUCAUGCAGCCGGUUGACCGUGCAACAUUCCCCGACUACGACAAAUACGUGGUACAUCCGAUGGACUUGUCGCUCAUGAAGAAGAACAUCAGCGACGGUCUUUACGGCAGCACUGAAGCCUUCCUAGCGGACACACAAUGGAUAUUUCAUAAUAGCAUCAUAUUUAAUACUUCAACAUCGAAGUUGACUGGACAUGCGCGUGCGCUGGUGCGCAUGUGCCGUACAGAGAUGGCGGAGAUCGAGGCGUGCCCUGAGUGUUACGCGGCUGCGCAUGCGCGAAGACCCACCUGGUUCACUGACGUCUGCAGCACACCUCACAUACUGCUCUGGGCUAAACUCAAAGGUUUCCCCCACUGGCCGGCGAAGGCGAUGUCAGUGAACAGCAGCGGGCUGGUGGAUGUGCGGUUCUUCGGCGCCCACGACCGCGCCUGGGUGCCUUCCAAGGACUGCUAUCUCUACUCUGAGAAAGAUCCCAAUAACUUCAGGACUAAACGACAAGAUAUACUUGAUAGUAUGCAGGAAGCAGAGUUACACAUCAGAAAUAUAUCAAGAAAAUAUGGAAAAUUUGUAUACCCGCCUUUUAAAACACAAUUUGAUCCUACAAAAUUAAGUGAACAAUUAAAAAUGAUGAUUCCAUCAUUCGAUGGCGAAGUGUCUGUAGCGACGAAAGAGAAAUCAGGAGGAUCAACACAAAAUACAGGAAGAGAUAAAAGUAGAUCUAAUUCUAAAAGUUCUAAGAGUUCAUCUACUCAAGAUGGCGACGUCAGUGAAGGAGAAGAAAUGUCCGUUACGCGAACUAGAAAAAUGGCGGACGGCGCUGAAAUCGCCAAAGAAGAAGACUAUUCCAUUAACGAUAAAAGUAUGGAAAUUGACAUGGUCUCACCGAAGAAGGAACCUUCUAGAAAACGUCGACGUUCAGAUUUAGAGGAAGCUGUUGUAACCAUAUUAAGUGUAAGCAACAGUCCCAUCGCAGAGAAACGCAAACGAGCCAAUGUUGAAGCAAAAGUAAACAAAAAUGAAGAAACUAAAGAAAAAAUUACAGUUUCAGAAAACAAACCCGAUAAAACAACUAAAGAUGAAGCGAUGGAAACAACAAAUAAUGAUGAUAAUGAACCAUCAAGUAGUACUAGUGUUAAAGAAAAUAGUACUGAACCAAAUUCACCUAAAAUUAUAAUAAAAGUAAAGCUACCUAAAACUAGCACUCCCAAAAAUAAAGAUAAAAAUAAUAUCGAUGAAAUUACAACAACGAAAAAGCAACCAAAAUUAGAUAAAACAAACAAUUUAGAGAAAGAAGACAAACCGAAGUCGGAAAAACGUAGAAAUUCCAAAAAUAAAGUUUUAAAUAAUAAUGGUGAUAAAAUUAUCAAAAUAAAACAAUAUAGCAACGAGAAAAAGACUUUAGAUAAAGAUGUAAAAGAUGACAACAUAAACAACAAGACUAAAGAAUUUGAUGGAGAUAAAACUGUUGUUAAAAAGAUUAUAUCUAAAGCAAACUCCGAAGAACAAAAAACAGCAAAUGCUGCACCCGUAGAUGAUGAUAUUAGCUUAGCAGUUAUUGCUCGAGAAUCUAAAACCAAUAUAAUAAAUAACAAUAUUACCGGAUUACCAACCAUUAGUAGCGUUCGAAGUCUUCUGAUACCGAAGAGUAACGAAAGCAAUUCUCCUAAAACAGUAAAUACACCCGCAACUACCACGUCAAUAGAAAUAACCAUAGAAGACACGUCAGAAUCUAGUAUUUUUACUCCAACAAGUACAGAUAAUGUACGUAAUAUGAAAGAAGCUGUCACGAAACUGCAAAAGCUAAGAAAUGAUACUGACCCACCACCUGUUGGUCGAGUGGGCGUUCGUGCUUUCGCCCGAAUGUCAUCUUUAGAGAUAACACCAAAAGAAAAGAACCCAAUACAAGUAGAAAUAAAAUCAGAACCCAUAGAUUUAGAUGACAUCGACCGACACAACGAAAAGAUGAAUCUAAUGAAUGCUUUCAAACUCCAACCCGUGAACCCGCCAGUCUCGACUAGUUUACGUGAAGUGAGAAUAAACAAAGUGGUCGUUGCACCCAUCAAUACACGAAAGACCGCAUCGAAACCGCCAGAAAUCCGCGUCCGGGCUAAGAAGACCUUCCCCCAACCUAAGAAGUCUGACGACGGGAGAUCUGAAUUGAAUGGCAAGAAUUCAAUGGUGUAUAUACCGAUACAGCCACCGGUUACACAGGCGCCUGUCAGGGGAGUCAGACCUAUUGCUACCAACUGCCUUAAUGCACCCAAUGCCAGGCCCGCUCCAGUUGUAACAUCCGCAAAUGGUGUCAAUCCGUGUCCCGUAUUGCCGUUCAGCAUGCCUUCCUCGAUGCCCAAAGUGGGCCCGGCGACUACGAACACGUGCAACGUGCUGUCCACCGUGCCCACCGCUGGGUUGAACCCUAGCCCAGUGCAAGUGCCUACCGUGGGCCAGGUGGCCACCAACGUCCACACUGUACCACUGCUCACAUCACUCAACGGACAAUGGACCUUCAGUCUACAGCCUGUCAUGUCUGUCGGUGGAUUAGAUGAUUCUCCUACGUCAGUGUUAAACGGUAUAUCGGAGAGGUGUUCUACGGGGGUGAGCGCGGGGGGGUCGCUGCCCUCCUUCCCCUCGCCCCUGGCCCUCGCCUCCCCCAACGUGGCUUCCUCUACCCCACCGGUGACAUCAGCAACGCCGGGAAACAGGAAUGACACCCCUGGAGAGCUGCCGCGGCUGCAGCAGCGCCCGCUGGUGCACCCGCUGGACGCGAGCGCACCGCUGGGUGCUGUACCGCCUCCCUCCACCGCCGGACCCCUCACCGCCAAGCUCAACCAGAAUGCCGUCAAGCUGACAGAUUUCUUCAGAACACUAUUGGAGGAAUCGUUGGACAAGAUAGACGAGCCGGCGGCGCAGGCGACGACGGCGCGCCUUCAGCUCGAGCAGGCCAAGUGGCUGCACCAGCAGGAGAUCAGCGAGCUGAAGCACAACCACGAGCUGAUAGUGGCGGAGAUGAGGGCGACGUUUGAGAAGGAGAAGAGUCGUGCAGUGAACGAGGUGCGUCGCGCCGCUCAGCAGGAGCUCGAGGCAGCUGUCAAGCUCGCCAAGUCCAAGCAGUGGUGUUCAAACUGCAGCAAGGAGGCGCAGUUCUACUGCUGCUGGAACACAUCGUACUGCGACUACCCGUGCCAGCGCGCGCACUGGACGCACCACUACUCUGUGUGCACUCAGCAGAGACAGGAAAAUGAUGCGAUAGAUGGAAGCCCGACAAGUGAUGGCAACAAAUCAACGGACAGCAACAAGCCGAUGCCAGUGUUACAGAAGAGCACGCCGGCCGCGCCCGCGCUGGCGCCUGUGCGAGUCUACACACAGGAUCAGAGCGCUCAGAAACCCUCUAUUAUAGUGAGUAUGUUCGAGGACUCGACCGGUAAUCAGACUAUGAAGUGCGUGGGCACAUACAAGCCCCCCGGUCCACCGAAACUAUCACCACUAAAUGUUAAUAAGAAAGUAAUCAACCCAGACGACAGUACAAAGAAAGUGGUUACAUCUGGCGGGUACUUGAUUGUGGGGGGUUCGAGUAAUGCGAUGACACGUCGACCUCAAGUACAGUACUACACGUGAGAGUCGCCACAUGCCACACCUCACCCCAUACUUUGUGAUAUUAUUGACUUGACACUAGACAAUUAAAGACAUCAAGACUGAAGACAAGGAUUAUUCAUGAAAGAACUAUCAAAUUCAUACCUACAAAGUUAUCUGUGGAGUGAUUGGUGUUGCCACUGUAGUAUAUUAUUUUUGUUUGGUUUGAUAUAGUAACCGGGAUUUAAUUAGGCACACCGGGAACAAAAGUUCUCUUGUAAUCGGCGAGCCAACUGAAGCGCUACUGUAAAAGUUAGAUUCAUUAGUGCUAUAGAUAUUUAAAAAUGAAUAUCCUGUUUCUAAAAUUUGUAAAUUAUCAUCUACUAAUUAAUUUUUACUAGGAUAUAUUACGGUGCUGUAAUUUUUGUGACAUACAUAAAAUCCCACCUAUA